AUGGUGAUGAAGUCAUCAGUAGAGGAUGACGAUGGGGGAUGGGGACUGGGCGUCCCAGAGAAGAUGAGGAACAAUGCAAACUGGGUGGACAUUACACAUGAAUUUAAAGGGGCAUGCAAAGGUAAAAACUGUGUGUGUCUGUCUGUGUGUUCUCUUACAUGUGUUAACAGUUUUUCAGGAUGUGCUGAUGAUGUGAGUUGUGUCUCAGGGUUUUUUUAUACUUGCUCCUCUCAUUUGUUUGCUGACCAGUUCUGAAAUGCCUUCCCUGGUAAAUGAGGUUUCUCAUCAAAAGAUUAGUGUAAAUCUGCACAACCAGUAAAAGAAAGCCCAAUACAGUAAAGUCAUUCCUAAUGUAGACCCAGUGUUUUCAGCUCUGUGGGAAUUUGGCGCCACCAGUCUGAAAUGCAACCUGAACCCCAUUGACAUCAACACAUGACUAAGUAAAAAUUAAACUUAAGUGGAACUUAGGAUUCACACCUUAGUCAAACUCCUGUUUGAGGAUGAGUUCCUGUGUACCUCUUCAUACAUACGGGUGUUAUACACUGUACUACUGUAACACAAAUAUACUGCUCUGGCUUUUAUCACUAUAGUUCAGAUGACUGAGUACUUUUGCAUUUGUUUUCUCAUGUGUUGUAUUUACAGAGCUCAACCUUGGGGAGUUGCUCCAUGACAAGUUGUGAGUAUGAGUGUUUCUGUUUGUUUCACACACUGUUUGUUCUAUGGACCAUUAGUUGAAAUGUGUUGUUUUAGUGAAAUACUGAAGUGCUUGCAGUCUGCGUCAUACAUGCAUACUGGGUAUCUAUCACUAGACAACACACACACACAGCUUUAGGUCUUUCUAAUGGCACCGUCUUCAGCAGGUUUGGCCUGUUCGAGGCUAUGUCUGCCAUUGAGAUGAUGGACCCCAAGAUGGACGCAGGGAUGAUUGGCAACCAGGUCAACAGGAAAGUCCUCAACUUUGAACAGGCAGUCAAGGUAUGGCUCUGAUUCCUGGAGAUUCAGACUGUGAAAUGAAAAUGUUGGUCUUAUGUUUAACCUUUAGGUAGGUGCAUUAUAGUCCAUAAAGACUCUCCCCCUCCUCUCCCCUCGCUUUCAUAUCCUUCUUUCCCUCGCUGUCGCUCGCUCUCUCUUCUCUUUUUUUGUCUCUCUCCUGUCUUGCUCUCUCUAGGAUGGUGCCAUCAGAGUAAGGGACCUCAGUUUUCCUGAGCUGAUUGGGAUCAUGGACACCUGUUUCUGCUGCUUGGUCAGUUGUAUUGCCUUAUCAAUACCAAACUGUAUCAACCAACUAUGCAUAAUAAGUAUGUUUAAGUUGUGUGUAUGUGUAGAUCACCUGGCUGGAGGGCCACUCCCUAGCCCAGACAGUGUUCACCUGCCUGUACGUCCACAACCCCGACCUGAUCGAGGACCCCGCCCUCAAGGCCUUCACUCUGGGCAUCCUCAAGGUAUGCGACAUCGCCCGCGAGAAGGUCAACAAAGCCGCCGUGUUCGAGGAGGUAAGCCAUUUGGUCUCUUUGGGCUUUUGCACUGAACACAUUCACACUCUCUCACACACACACACACACACACUGUCACGCCAAAGAAAUUGGCAAGACACUACCAACAGAUCUGGGACCAGGGUAACACACACUGUCUCUAUACCUCCUAUAGUCCCGUCUAUGGGACACAGUCAACCUACAGUGCAUUCGCAAAGUAUUCUGACCCCUUGACUUUUUCCACAUUUUGUUACGUUACAGUCUUAUUCUAAAAUAGAUUAAAUUGUUUUUUCCCCUCAUCAAUCUACACACAAUACCCCAUAAUGACAACGCAAAAACACGUUUUUAGAAAUGUUAGCAAAACAAAACACAUAACAUUUACAUACGUAUUCAGACCCUUUACUAGUACUUUGUUGAAGCACCUUUGGCAGCGACUUAUCCCGAAGCCACUCCUGCGUUGUCUUGGCUGUGUGCUUAGGGCCUUGUCCUAUUGGAAGGUGAACCUUCGCUCCAGUCUGAACCUUCGCCCCAGGUUGUCAUCAAGGAUCUCUGUACUCUGCUCCGUUCAUCUUUCCCUCGAUCCUGACUAGUCUACCAGUCCCUGCCACUGAAAAACAUGCCCACAGCAUGAUACUGCCACCACCAUGCUUCACUGUAGGGAUGGUGCCAGGUUUCCUCCAGACGUGACGCUUGGCAUUCAGGUCAAAAAGUUCAAACUUGGUUUCAUCAGACUAGAGCAUCUUGUUUCUUAUGGUCUGAAUCCUUUAGGUGCCUUUUGGCAAACUCCAAGCGGGCUGUCAUGUGCCUUUUACUGAGGAGUGGCUUCCGUCUGGCCACUCUACCAUAAAGGCCUGAUUGGUGGAGUGCUGCAGAGAUGGUUGUGCUUCUGGAAGGUUCUCCCAUCUCCACAGAGGAACUCUGGAGCUCUGUCAGAGUGACCAUUGGGUUCUUGGUCACCUCCCUAACCAAGGCCCUUCUCCCCCGAUUGCUCAGUUUGUCCGGGUGGCCAGCGCUAGGAAGAAUCUUGAAGGUUCCAAACUUCUUCCUUUUAAGAAUGAUGGCGGCUACUGUGUUCUUGGGGACCUUCAAUGCUGAAGAAAUGUUUUGGUACCCUUCCCCAGAUCUGUGCCUCGACACAAUCCUGUCUCUGACCUCUACGGACAUUUCCUUCGACCUCAUGGCUUGGUUUUUGCUCUGACAUGCACUGUCAAGUGUGGGACCUUAUAUAGACAGGUGUGUGCCUUUCCAAAUCAUGUCCAAUCAGUUGAAUUUACCACAGGUGGACUCCAAUCAAGUUGUAGAAACAUCUCAAGGAUGGUCAAUGGAAACAGGAUGCACCAGAGCUCAAUUUCGAGUCUCAUAGCAAAGGGUCUGAAUACUUAUGUAAAUAAGGUAUUUAUGUAUUUAUUUAUUUAUUUUUUGCAAAAAUAUCUAAUAACCUUUCUCUUUGUCAUUAUGGGGUAUUUUUAUUUAAUCAAUUUUAGAAUAAGGCUGUAACGUAACAAAAUGUUGAAAAAAUCAAGGGGUCUGAAUACUUUGCGAAUGCACUGUAUGUCCCACUGUUCCUCCUAGGUCUUCUGAUCUGAAACAACACAUAGUUUAGUUCAAGGAGUAAUAUUUAAGAUCCUGUUCUAUGUCCUGUCUCUAGGAAGAUUUCCAGGCCAUGACGUACGGCUUCAAGAUGGCCAACAAUGUGACAGACCUGCGGGUUACAGGUGAUGUUCAUGUGAUGGCUUAAGUCGGUGUUGUGUUCCAUGUUUGGCAUUGCAGGUAUAAAAUAAUAAUGUAGUGCUGUGUGUGUGCCAAGUUAACUUUAUAUAUGUCAAUGGCACCAACAGGUAUGCUAAAGGAUGUGGAGGAAGAGUUACAGAGGAGAGUUAAGGUACAUGCAUACUACUGUCUUCACCAUCCACUAACACCUGAACUCUCCCUCAUAUCAAGGUCUAAAUUCUUAACUCCUCACAACCGGUGAGAAUACAUCUAACAACUGAACACGACUAGACUCUGGCAGAGUGACGAAUUAAUGUCUCUUAUACUUACUUAUCUGAGAUGGCCGCUAUUGUAUACAACUCUUUGUACCACCUACAUAACUCCACAGCUCGUCCGUCAUACGUUGUCUCCUCUUCCUCUCUCUCUUUUCCCUCUGUCAUUACCCUCUUUUUUUCUCUCCCCUUCAUCUCCUGUAGAGCACACGCAGUCGCCAGGGUGAGCAGCGGGACCCAGAGGUGGAGUUGGAGGUAAGACUAUCAGUCACUCUGUCCCUAUGAGUAUACCAACCAGUCAAUGGAAGAGGUCAAUGGAACUCAACCCAAACAAUGGAAAUGCCAUGAAAAUGCAUGGGGGAAAGAUCCCGAAUCUCCUCAUUGCCCCCCCAGCAAAAUGGGCCUACAUUUAGGCUUGUUUAUAUGUGUAUUUCACACUAUGUUGAGGUAAAAAUCUGAGUAUAAUGCUUAUAUGGAUGUCAACCCCAAUACAUGUUCAUGUCAUCGACACCAAUCAACUGCAUUGCAGUUAAAAACUACUUUGACUACCACCACCGAUUUCUGUAUGUUAGCUAUGCUACCAGCUUAUACGAACAGGACUUCGCAUUUAGCUGUCACUUCUUCUAAACCUGAAAAGGAACUACUUCUAAAUGUUAUGCAGCGAAAACAGCCAAAUAGGACUUUAGUAACCACAUUGUGGGUCUAUUGCAAUACAUCAAUAAUGACGGAUUUGACAAAUAUCUAUCCACUUUGUUAGAUUUGUUGAAUGUUUGCCAAUCCGGCAUCCUCCUUCUAUCCCCCACGGUUUGCAUUCCAUUGACCUCUUUACCGCAUCUAUGGCCCAAUCUCAAAUCGACCCCUAAACCUUAUGCCCUAUGCUCUUGUGGAGAUCUAAGAGGAUUUGAUAGGUGUUCGUAAUAUGGUGAAAAUCCCACCUAUUCUAUCAGAGGACAACUUAUAACCUUAUCUCUACAUCCAAUUCUAUCAGGGUGCAUAGGCUGUAGUGUAGGGGUCAAUUUGGGAUUAGCAAAAUCUAUUACCUCUGCCUUCUGCCCUGCCCAGUCCACCAGAGUGUGGGAGUGAGGCAGCCUUUCAGUGAGACAAGCCUGGAAUUUGCAACUGUUAAAAAAAUAACAAAUCCCCCAAAAUGGAGAGGUCUCUGGGUGGUCGGAAUGAACAUUUUACGACAGGGCUAAAUCUGUGUGUCCCUAGUGCCUACAAAAUACUGAGUGUACAAAACAUUAGGAACACCUUCCUAAUAUUAUUAACAAUUAGUCCGGGCAUGGACUCUACAAGGUGCCGAAAGCGUUCCACAGGGAUGCUGGCCCUGUUGACAUCAAUGCUUCCCACAGUUGUCAAGUUGGCUGGAUGUCCUGUGGGUGGUGGACAAUUCUUGAUACACACGGGAAACCUAGCAGCGUUGUAGUUUGUGAUAAACUCAAACCGGUGCGCCUGGCACCUACUACCAUAACCUGUUCAAAGGCACUUAAAUAUUUUUUCUCGCCCAUUCACCCUCUGAAUGGCACACAUACGCAAUCCAUGUCUCAAUUGUCUGAAGGCUUAAAAAUCCUUCUUUAACUUGUCUCCUCCCCUUCAUCUACACUGAUUGAAGUGGAUUUAACAGGUGACAUCAAUAAGGGAUCAUUGCUUUCACCUGGAUUCACCUGGUCAGUCUAUGUCAUGGAAAGAGCAGGUGUUCCUAAUGUUUUGCACACUGUAUAGUGUGUGUUUGCAAGUGUGUGUGUGAGAGACACUGUGCGUGACUGUGUUAACCUGUUUCCUUGCCUCCUUUCUCAGCAUCAGCAGUGUUUGGCACUUUUCAGUCGGAUCAAGUUCACACGCCUUCUACUGACAGCACUGAUCGCCUUCACGAAAAAAGAGGUAACUCAAAUCAAAUGUAUUUAUAAAGCCCUUUUUACGUCAACAGAUGUCAAAGUGCUUAUACAGAAACCCAGCCUAAAACCCCAAACUGCAAGCAAUGCAGAAGCGGUGCCGAUGUAGAAGCACACCACACACUUUUAGCUUAGCUUUACAAAAAAAUGAAUAAAUGGUUGAUUUAUUUGAUUGAGCGUGUGAUGUCAUGUUGGCUCUGUCAGACCAGCUCAGUGAGUGAAGCUCAGAAACUCAUGCAGCAGGCGGCAGAUCUCCUCCCAGCUCUCCGCUCCAGCAUCGAACAUGGCAUUCAGUCCCAGAACGAUACUACUAAAGGAGGUAACACCCACAAACACACUCCACCAUGGCACCUAGGCCCAAUUUCUCACUCACUACCAUAAGAGGGAAUGCUUCACUCACGUAGAAAAACUUGGACUGCAAGUGAACCACUCACAGUUCUGAACCCUGACCUCGCCCCUGCGUUCCAGAUCACCCGAUCAUGAUGGGGUUUGAACCGCUGGUGAACCAGAGACUGCUGCCCCCCACCUUCCCCCGCUACGCCAAGAUCAUCAAGAGGGAGGAGAUGGUCAACUACUUCAGCAAGCUCAUCGACCGCAUUAAGACCGUGUGCGAGGUCAUCAAUACAACUAACCUACAUGGAAUUCUGGUACGGGCCAAUCAUUUGCUGAACGACAGUGAGGGGGAAAAAGUAUUUGAUCCCCUGCUGAUUUUGUACGUUUGCCCACUGACAAAGACAUGAUCAGUCUAUAAUUUUAAUGGUAGAUUUAUUUGAACAGUGAGAGACAGAAUAACAACAAAAAAAUCCAGAAAAACGCAUGUCAAAAAUGUUAUAAAUUGAUUUGCAUUUUAAUGAGGGAAAUAAGUAUUUGACCCCUCUGCAAAACAUGACUUACUACUUGGUGGCAAAACCCUUGUUGGCAAUCACAGAGGUCAGAUGUUUCUUGUAGUUGGCCACCAGGUUUGCACACAUCUCAGGAGGGAUUUUGUCCCACUCCUCUUUGCAGAUCUUCUCCAAGUCAUUAAGGUUUCGAGGCUGACAUUUGGCAACUCGAACCUUCAGCUCCCUCCACAAUGGGAUUAAGGUCUGGAGACUGGCUAGGCCACUCCAUGACCUUAAUGUGCUUCUUCUCAAGCCACUCCUUUGUUGCCUUGGCCGUGUGUUUUGGGUCAUUGUCAUGCUGGAAUACCCAUCCACGAACCAUUUUCAAUGCCCUCGCUGAGGGAAGGAGGUUCUCACCCAAGAUUUGACGGUACAUGGCCCCGUCCAUCGUCCCUUUUAUGCGGUGAAGUUGUUCUGUCCCCUUAGCUUUCUUGAGCAGGGGGACCUUGCGGGCGCUGCAGGAUUUCAGUCCUUCACGGCGUAGUGUGUUACCAAUUGUUUUCUUGGUGACUAUGGUCCCAGCUGCCUUGAGAUCAUUAACAAGAUCCUCUCAUGUAGUUCUGGGCUGAUUCCUCACCGUUCUCAUGAUCAUUGCAACUCCACGAGGUGAGAUCUUGCAUGGAGCCCCAGGCAGAGGGAGAUUGACAGUUAUUUUGUGUUUCUUCCAUUUGCGAAUAAUCGCACCAACUGUUGUCACCUUCUCACCAAGCUGCUUGGCGAUGGUCUUGUAGCCCAUUCCAGCCUUGUGUAGGUCUACAAUCUUGUCCCUGACAUCCUUGGAGAGCUCUUUGGUCUUGGCCAUGGUGGAGAGUUUGGAAUCUGAUUGAUUGAUUGCUUCUGUGGACAGGUGUCUUUUAUACAGGUAACAAGCUGAGAUUAGGAGCACUCCCUUUAAGAGUGUGCUCCUAAUCUCAGCUCGUUACCUGUAUAAAAGACACCUGGUAGCCAGAAAUCUUUCUGAUUGAGAGGGGGUCAAAUACUUAUUUCCCUCAUUAAAAUGCAAAUCAAUUUAUAUCAUUUUCGACAUGUGUUUUUCUGGAUUUUGUUGUUGUUAUUCUGUCUCUCACUGUUCAAAUAAACCUACCAUUAAAAUUAUAGACUGAUCAUUUCUUUGUCAGUGGGCAAAUGUACAAAAUCAGCAGGGGAUCAAAUAGUUUUUUCCCUCACUGUAUAUCUGUAAAUACUACAAUAAUUUUGACAAUACUAUUGUACUUCAACAUUACUGUAAUAUUACAUUCUGACAAUACUUCUGUAAUGGUCUACCUGUUGUUCGAACAUUUGUUAAAGGUUGUAGUAAUGUCGUUUUAAUGUUCUGCUUUCAGGACUUUUUCUGUGAGUUCAGUGAGCAGUCCCCCUGCGUCCUCUCCAGGUCUCUGCUGCAGGUAAGGAACAUUCUCCCUCAUGAUUGGUGCAUCUGUACAAUUCUCUGGUCCAGUUCUGAUGAAUCCCCUCCCUGUCUCUAGACAACGUUCCUGAUCGAUAAUAAGAAAGUGUUUGGGACCCAACCAAUGCAGGACAUGAUCAAAGAUGCUCUGAGGUACUUCGUCAGCCCACCAGUGCUCUCCUCCAAGUAAGUCAUUGAAGAUUGGAGUGCUUCUUUCUAUGGCCCUACCUUCAAAUGCUUUAGAAAUGCAUCCUUCCUUCCUAGAAGUCAUUAGAGAUCUGAAUUGGUUUGAGUGGUAUUUGUAAUAUGGUGGCAAUCUUGCUUUCACCUAUCAAAUACCUCAAGGAAAUAAGGAAGGAUGCAUUUCUGAGGUAUUAGAGUUCAAGCUCUAUCUCAGUCUUUUGAACUGACUGUUCCCUGCGGUGCCUCUGCAGGUGCUGCCUGUAUAAUAACCACCAGGCCAAGGACUACAUUGACUCCUUUGUCGCACACUGCUCGAGGGUAAGUCACCUGGCUGUGUUCCAAUACACCUUCUCUAUAUUAAUGCCACAAUCCUUCAUUCGUUUUUGUCCAGCCCAAAUGGCACCCCCUCCACUUGGUUAGCUAUAAAGCUGAGGUACAUUUAACCACUCAAAUGCAUACAUUAAGCUGUGGCUCUGACCGUCCUUGAGAUCAACAUGAUAGUUGUAAACAUAAUUUGAAGCUGUUUAAAAAAAUAUAUAUAUAUUGUUUUCAAACAAUGGACUAAAACAACCCUGGUCGGUUUCCCUGCAGCCCUUUUGCAGUCUCAUCCAGAUCCACGGACACAACCGCGCUCGGCAGAGAGACAAACUAGGCCACAUCCUGGAGGAGUUUGCCACACUGCAGGAUGAGGUGAGUGAGAAUGCAUUGCUGUUUAGUGAUGUAAAUGAUCUUAUGUGUGUGUGGACGCGCUCGACUGUAUGUUGCUGAACUCCUGUGGUUGACUGAUGCGGUGUGGGGGCGCCACCUGCAGGCAGAGAAGGUGGAUGCGGCGCUGCACAGCCUGCUGAUGAAGCUGGAGCCCCAGAGACAGCACCUGGCCUGCCUGGGGACCUGGAUCCUCUACCACAACCUGCGCAUCAUGAUCCAGUACCUGCUCAGCGGCUUCGAGCUGGAACUCUACAGCAUGCACGAGUACUACUACAUCUACUGGUGAGGAGUGUGUUCCAAAGUGCCGUAAGAAAGUGUGUUCCAUGUGUACACUUGACUGAUGUGUGCGUGCUGUAAGAAAAUAUGUUCGGUGUUCACUUGAUUGAGGUAUGCUUGACUGAGGUGUGUGUGUGUGUAGGUAUCUGUCAGAGUUCCUGUAUGCGUGGCUCAUGUCCACUCUGAGUCGGGCGGACAGCUCUCAGUUGGCUGAGGAGCGCCUCCUGGAGGAGCAGCAGAAAGGACGCAGCAGCAAGAAAACCAAGAAGAAGAAGAAAGGUCAAGGAGGUCAGGAUCAAAUCAUACAUUAUUUACAUUGAAUUUAAUCCAUCUGGUACUACACUGCCGCCCCAUCCAUAACUCGCUCCUCAAUAAGAAUGUGUUUUCACCUGCAGCUCGCCCCCUCAGCAGAGAAAUCACCAUGAGCCAAGCCUACCAAAACAUGUGUGCUGGCAUGUACAAGGUAAGUGUACACAGACUUGUCCUAAACAUGUUACGUGUACUACAGAAACACUGAACUCCUGUCUCUGGUGCAGACUAUGAUAGCUCUGGAUAUGGACGGGAAGGUACGGAAGCCCCUGUUUGAGUUGGACAGCGAGCAGGUGCGCUACGAGCAUCGCUUUGCCCCCUUCAACAGCGUGGUCACUCCCCCGCCAGUCCAUUACAUCCAGUUCAAGGUACAGUAGUGUUACCAACCGUCGCUAGCUAUGAUUGUGUGCAUGCGUCUGUGGUGCAUUCCAGGUUGACUUAAAUUGCAGACAUGCUGCACAGAAUCUACAUGUUAUAGCGGAAAUAAAGACUACCUUUAACGUCACCUGUGCCUCUCGAUUUAUGUCGGCUGUAGGAGAUGUCUGAUCUGAAGAAGUACAGUCCUCCUCCCCAGUCAGCUGACCUCUACAUGGCGGCCAGUAAACACUUCCAGCAGGCCAAACUGAUCCUGGAGAACGUCCCCAGCCCUGACCCAGAGGUCAGCAAGCCCUUUAACCCCUAAUAGUAACAGAGGUUGUGCCUUAAGUUUGUGGGUCUACGUUUUCGUUUUUUAAUUUCCAUUGCUGGUUGUUGCAGGUGAAUCGCAUCCUAAAAGUGGCCAAGCCCAACAUUGUGGUCAUGAAGCUACUUGCCGGCGGGCACAAGAAGGAAACAAAGGUAACAACAUAAUGCCAGGAGCAAAACAUGCCACAAAAUAUUUGGAAAUUGAAACAUUUCUGGGGCAUUAUUGUGAUUCAAUGGUACUCCCCAUCUCUAGGUACUACCGGAGUUUGAUUUCUCCGCUCACAAGUACUUCCCUGUGGUCAAGAUCAUCUGA